CCCCCCCCCCCCCCAAUCACUGCCAUCUUAUGCAAUACAAAUAAUAGCCAUUACUUUAAUCAUCUUCUUAGUGCUAGUGUGCUACAGGAUCCCGCCACAUUUGCGGCCACUACUUUUGCUCUCUCAGUUUCUGGGUCGUUGCUUGGUCUCCAGACUCUUUCCACUCUUUUUACACAGGUUCCCUUGAUAUCUGCACUUGAUUAUAAAGAACUAAUAGGCCAAUCUAUUCAUUGGCAAAGAUGACUGUUACUCAACUUAGAGGUUUACCCUUUUAUGGAGUCACUGGUAAAAGACGUGAAAGAAGAGUGAAUAAAAGGGGUGAAGCUUUUACAUUAAAAGAUGAAAUAAAAGUUCCUCAUCUUUGUCAUUUUGUCGUGAGCAAUAAGAGGGGACUGAGAUUCAACACUUUCACCAAGUGUUGUGGGUCAAUCUUUGAUCGGCAAACUUCAGAAUAUAGCUUGAAUCUUUCGAGUGUCGAGGAGAGAUUGGCUUCAAACAAUGGGAGAUCUGUAAGCAAGGGAAUCUAUGACUCAACAGGGCCACCAAUAGCCAGUCAAUCACGCACGCCUAGUGUCCAAAAUGAACUCAUAAUGCUUUCUAUACCAGCAAUUGCUGGACAAGCAAUUGAACCUUUAGCACAACUCAUGGAAACAGCUUAUGUCGGUAGAUUGGGUCCUUUGGAGUUAGCAACAGCAGGAGUUUCCAUGUCGAUAUUCAAUAUCCUAUCAAAGGUUUUUAAUAUACCUCUCCUCAGUGUAGCAACUUCAUUUGUGGCUGAAGACAUCUCAAGGAAUGCUAGCAAGUCUACUUCAGGUCAUCUCCACCCUGAAGAUGAAAUGGCUGAAAGAAAGUCACUGUCUUCUGUCUCUACGGCUUUAGUCUUAGCAGCUGGAAUUGGUGUAUUUGAGGCUUUGGCUAUGUAUCUAGGAUCCGGAAUAUUUCUCAAUAUGAUGGGCAUACCACCUGCUUCACCAAUGCGCAUCCCAGCAGAAAGAUUUCUCAAACUCAGGGCAAUUGGUGCUCCAGCAGUUGUAGUUUAUCUGGCCAUUCAGGGCAUUUUUCGUGGGUUUAAGGACACUAAGACUCCUGUCCUGUGUCUAGGGUUUGGCAAUUUUUCAGCUGUACUCUUGUUCCCCUUGCUGAUGAACUAUUUUGGCUUGGGUGUAACUGGCGCUGCCAUCUCAACCGUUGUGUCUCAAUACGUUGUUGCCCUUCUCAUGAUCUGGUAUCUUAACAAAAAGACAAUUUUGUCCCUUCCGAAUGUCCAAAGCUUGGAUUGUGGUGGCUACCUCAGCUCUGGUGGUUUUCUUCUUGGGAGAACUUUAGCUGCUGUCAUGACCAUAACUUUGAGCACAUCAAUGGCUGCUCGUCAAGGAGCACUACCAAUGGCAGCUCAUCAAAUAUGUUUACAAGUGUGGCUAUCAGUUUCACUUCUUGCAGAUGCUCAAGCUGCAUCUGGUCAGGCCCUUAUUGCAAGCUCUUCUGCAAAAGGUGACUACAGCACUGUGAAAGAAAUUACAUUCUCUGCUUUGAAGAUUGGAUUGAUUACUGGCAUUUCCUUAGCAAUCAUAUUGGGUGUGUCAUUUAGUUCUAUAGCAACUAUGUUCACUAAAGACGCAGAGGUACUAGCGAUAGUCAGAUCUGGGCUGCUGUUUGUGAGUGCUAGUCAACCUAUCAAUGCGCUUGCUUACAUAUUUGACGGCCUGCAUUAUGGCAUAUCUGAUUUUUCAUAUGCUGCAUGGUCUAUGAUGAUGGUUGGGGCAAUUUCUUCUGCAUUUAUUCUCUACGCACCCUCAACCGUUGGUCUCUAUGGAGUUUGGUCUGGACUAACUCUUUUCAUGGGCUUGCGGACAGUCGCCGGAUAUAUGAGAUUAAUCUCCAAAAAUGGGCCAUGGUGGUUCCUGCACGAGGACAUCCCUAAAAAUUGGAGACUGGACGAGGGCAUUUACAAUCAAACCAAGUUAAUCACACAGGCUUAGCGAGGCGUGCUUAAAAUCUAUACAAUGGCGAAGAACGAGGAGGAUUCUUCCCUUUGGGCUACGCUGUACGAAGGGAAGACACGAGGAGUUUAUAUGCUGGCAAAAGGUCCCUUUGCGGCAUAGCCCAGCCCGAGUACAUAGUGAGGUUACUGGUAAAUAUGAUUCUUGCAUGCAAUCCAAAUAUUUUGUUAUGCUGGUAAUAUUUCAAGUCUAUUUGUGCACAAGAUCCCUUUCUAUCAAACUGCUGCUUCAGAUGUGAAGCUCCACAUGCUGUGCAAGACCUCAAGGCUAUACCUGCUGUGGAUAAAAGAGAAUGCUUUGGGGGAUCGAGUGAAGAAAAGAACUUCGGCCAGUUUAGAUAAUAAACCAAUUGGAUGAUUAAGAUUGAAAAUCUAAUAAAUGAAUGGUUUGGAUUGAUUAUUUAAA